AUGGCGGCCUUGCAUGCCUCCCAUGUGCAGCACCUGGCAGCCGGCACCAGCCUGCGCCAGCUGAACCUGGACGGCUGUUUUGCCGGUGGCGGGCUGCUGCCGCGCCUGGUUCACUCCUGUCCAGCUGUGGAGGCAGUGUCCCUGAUAGGGUGCACCGGCCUGGGGGAUGCCGACCUGGCAGCGCUGGCGGAGCUGCCGCAGCUGCGCGACCUGGCACUGGCACCGGUGCUGGCGGCCAACCGUGGCAGCCUGGAGAAACUGGAGCUGGCUGGCUGCGCUGCGCUGACGGAUGACGUGCUGCUGCAUCUGCUUCCUGAGCUGGAGCAGGAGCAGGAGGGGCUGCAGCAGCAGAUUAUUGCAACCGCAGCGGCCAUCUGCUGCACCCAGCUGACGCUACUAGAGCUUCCCGGCCACAUCUCCCGCACUUAUGAGGAGCCCAGCCCCAAGGCAGCGGCUGAGAACCCGCAGGAGCUUGAGUCUAUCUACAUGGUUCUUGGCCAUGAAAUCCUGGUCACAGCCAUGAGCGGCAUCGGUAUGGCGCUACCCUACGAGGGAGUGGGGCCCUGCCGCCAGCUGCGGCAAGUGUCAAACAUCUCGCUGGACCUGUCGGCCGCCGCCACCGGCUGCCGCAGCGUGCAGUGCCUGCUCAACCUGCGGGUCACGAUGCCGCUGAACUCCAGCUGUGCCAACAUACCAGCGCCGUAUCCCACAGUUUACUGGAUCAGCGGGUUCACCUGCCAGUCCCAGUACUACUCCACCAUGGUCAAUAGGAUAGCGUCACAUGGGUACGCCGUGGUACAGUACGACCGUAAAGAGGGCAUCUUCCAACCCAGCAGCGAGCAGGAAACCCUAUACUAUGAGCAGAUUAUGGCUUGGCGCAACUGGGCCAACCUAACAUGGAAGGAAUCGCCCGGCUCCUUUGCCGGCAUGUUCGCACCAGGACCAAUAGCGGUCGUCGGCCACAGCAUGGGUGGCGGGCUGACGGCCAUCCAGGCAGGGCUGCAUCAGCAGGAGGUGGGCGCCGCGGUGCUGCUCGACCCAAUCGAUUUCACAAGCCAGAGCCUGCGAGUGGCCCGGCGUUUCCUGGCAGACUACCACCAGCCUGUGAUGGUUGUGACGGCGGGCCACAUGUCGUUUGUUGAUCCCGGGCCGGGACAGGUGUUUUUUGGCGGCACCACCAUCUGCCCGGCAGCUGGCGACUCCACGUCCAUUCUGCCUGACGCCAGCGCACUUGUCAUUUCGUACCUGGAGUACAAGCUGCAGGGCCAAGAGGCGGUGGAGUCGCUGACGCUGGCAUGGGCUGCCGCCAAGCCCGAGCAGCAGCUGACGCUGGCCAUCAAGGGGGCGCCUGCGGCAUAA